GCAUGUUCCCCCGGCCGCCGCCACGCUCCUGCGACACCUUCGUGGCGCUGCCGCCCGCCGCGGCGGGGGGUCGCGUCGUCUUCGGGAAGAACUCGGACCGGCCGGCGGACGAGGUGCAGGAGGUCGUCUACUUCCCGGCCGCCGCGCACCCGCCCGGCGCCGCGCUGGAGUGCACCUACAUCAAGAUUGAUCAAGUGGAAAAGACCCACGCCGUGGUCCUGAGCCGUCCCUCCUGGCUCUGGGGGGCAGAGAUGGGGGCCAACGAACACGGCGUGUGCAUCGGGAACGAAGCGGUGUGGGGCAGAGAGGAGAUCUGCGACGAUGAAGCUCUCCUCGGCAUGGACCUCGUAAGGCUUGGACUGGAGAGAGCGGACACAGCUGAAAAGGCUCUUGCUGUCAUAGUUGAUUUGCUAGAAAAAUACGGACAGGGAGGAAACUGUAUGGAGAGCCACAUGGUAUUUACAUACCAUAACAGUUUUCUGAUAGCCGACAGAAAGGAAGCAUGGGUGCUGGAGACAUCAGGAAAAUACUGGGCAGCAGAAAAAGUAGAAGGAGGCGUACGGAAUAUUUCCAACCAGCUCUCUAUCACAACCAAGAUUGACAGAGAACACCCAGAAUUGAAGGAAUAUGCCAAAAGCAAGGGCUGGUGGGACGGGGAAAAGGAAUUUGAUUUUGCUGCCACAUAUUCUUAUGUAAAUACUGCCAGAAUGACGACAUCCAGAGGCCGAUAUUGUGAAGGCUAUAAACUUCUGAACAAACACAAAGGAUCUAUCACUUCUGAAAUAAUGAUGCAAAUUCUUCGUGACAAAGAGAGUGGCAUUAAUAUGGAAGGUGGAUUUAUGACAACUGGAAGCAUGGUGUCCGUAUUGCCUCAGCAGCCUAAUCUGCCAUGUAUUCACUACUUUACUGGAACUCCAGAUCCUGCGAGGUCUGUAUUCAAGCCUUUCAUUUUUGUGCCCAAUAUUACUCAGUUAUUAAAAACUAGCUCCCCUACAUUUGGUCAUGAUGAUCCAGUUAAGAAGCAACCACGUUUUCAGAAUAAGCCAGAUCGAAGACAUGAGCUCUAUAAAAAACAUGAAAGUGCUGCUGUAGUUAUGGAAACUAUCGAGGCCCAAGGUAAAGAAAUGCUGAAAGAGAUACAGGAGUUGGAGAAACAGAAGAUAAGUGAAAUGGAAUCAAUCCUGCAAAACGCAUGUUUUGACAUUAACCAAGUGGUUAACCUUUUUUCACAGUGUGUAGAAGAAGAACUUAAAAUAUAUAGCUAAAACUACCAUUUGAAUGUGGUAAAAUUCAGUUUUAUGAUUAACUUUUCUAAUGAAGUAGCUAUAUAGAUUACAUCUUAUUUUCAAUAUACUGGUUAGUAUGGACGCAGAUUCAUAUUUAGGCCAAACAGCUUUCAGUUGUAUGAAGCAAUGCUGAAAAGGCUCUUAAAAGCUAGGCAGUGGCUUCAUCUGUAUGUGGCAUAAAGCUGUUAGCAGAGAUAGAUUUCGUCAACAGAUGCAAUUAGAAUGUAAUUGCUUGACUAAAAACAACCCCAUCUCUGGAUGAAGAACACUAACUCAGAUUUGGAGAACUCAGUUCUAGCGUACACACAUGUAGCUUUCAUAGUCAAGAUAAUUGUAGCAGAAUUUCACAUUCCCAGAAUUGAAAUGGCCGUGCUGAAGGACUUACUUUCUGAAAUGUAGAACCUAUUACUUGCACUUGAAUAAAAAGGAAAGUGAUAUGCAAGUCAAGUAGGAUUGAUAUUCAGCUGUUUGAGAAAACCAUUCUAAGGUACAUUUCAUAUAUGAACCUUCUACUCCUUCAAUGUAAAAUGAAGCUAAGAGUUCAAGGUAUAUUAAAACUAAAUCAGUUACAAUUUUACCAUGAUUUGUUGUUAAGUCCGAUUACAUGGAAUUCAACAAUGCAAGCAUCCUGCAAGUUACCACACAAUUUUCACUUCCCUGUCUAUUCUCCCCACCCUGAUACCAAAAAAUAAACUUAUUUACAUGCAAUAUGAUUACUGUCAAAUUAAUUCUGCAAUACACUUUAUAACAUCAUGUGGGAGUUUUUUAAUGUUUCUCAAAUUGUUACUUUUUUAAAAUCGGGCAACUAGAAAGGAAGAGGUUGGGGUACACAAGUAUAUAUAUAUACUCAGCUGGACAUUUGAAAGGACAUUUACAUUUUCUUUUCAUUUCAUAUAAAGCCUUUUAACCACGACUUGUCUUGCCAAAAUUACUAGACUAUGGAGUAAAUUUAAUCAAGCUUUUUGCCCUGUCAGGAGCUUUUCUUCCCUGAUCCUCUUCAAAAGUAAUGAUCAAUAUGUGACGCUACUUUUAUUAUCUGUGGCAAGGGACAAACUGAGCAAACAGAAAGAUGAUUCUGGCUUUACUACAUGAUCAAGCAGGAUAAAAAGUAUGACUGGAAGGAAAAAAAAAACCCCCAAACAAAACCCGCACUUCUGUAAACCUUCAGAAGAGAACAUCUAACAUGAAAUGGAGCAUUAGAGCUGCAGUAGCAGUAUGUGACAUGACACAGCAUCCCCACAGAAAGACACAGCAGACAACAGAAAGACCAUUCUUUGAUGAUUUUUCUAUAGUCAGUUUCUAGAGUCAUCUCAAAUGCUAAAGAUGGGGCUACACACAUGCAGUUUUCUCAUUUUGUAAACUGUUCUAUCAAUCACCCCACUGGUAAAAAAAGUAAGUAUAGACAAACAAAAGCAGAAUGAGUAAGAAAAUUGAGAGCUUUGCAGAAUUUGUUCUUCCUGAUCCUACAAUGAAAGUAGAAGUUAACUUGGCAUACAGAUCCACAGCAAGAAACUAAUGGGUCAGAAAAGGUUCUUGAGCUUUCUGGUUCUAGUGAUCCUGUAUGUACCAAGUGGCAGUAGCAAGUAAGAUUGAGUAGCAGGUAAGACUGAAAGUAAGCUCAAGUUGACUGUGAACCUUUUGUGGCUGUGUUGCCACAAAAUUUCUUAGAAAUUCAAUAGUACAGUGGAUAUUUGUGAACUGGGAGGUAUAUUUAAUAAAAAUUUUUCUGUAUUUACCCGUUUUCCUCAUGGAUGUCUAUAUCUGACAAUUGUGUGUAUCUUUGUCCUAUUUUUGAUCAUGAGCUGUUCCACACUAGCUCUUUGAUAACUUCAAAGCAUCAAUAAAUGCCAGGUAAAACUGUGCUGGAAACCAAGGUAUUAGUCAAGUUUACAGGUAGCAUAGCAAAACAAGAGAAACAAUUUUAUGCUACAAUGCAAUUAUAGGGAAGUUACACAGGAAUGAAAGUAGUGUAGGUGGUAGAGCAGGCCUUUAAGUGAACUUCUUGUCCACUUAAUCAUGGUGUGGCAAUUAACCCUGUUAAGCAUCUUGGUCUGGUUGUAAUAUAGGCAGAUACAGUCCAAUCGUUCCUCUAGCUUCUGUGCUGUUUUUUAUUUACUCGUCUACAGGAUACAAAGUAAAACAAUGUGAUGUGUGGAGAUAGAUCAAGUGAUGUCCAAACACGCAGGAUAUUUUGGUACCUUUUUUUUCCUGGGAUUUUAUCCUCCCAGUAUACAUGCAGCGUAAAAACAGAAAAUGAAGAUGAGAUCAGGAGGAAUAAGUAACCCUCCCUCCCACAACCCUACAUUAAAAAAAAAAAAAAAAAAUCAGAAUGUCCUCUAGAGGGCAAUCUUUGCAUGUAUUUCAUCUAGGAAUACCUCUUACAGCUUAUUUUAAAAGGUCUAGAGAUUUAUGAAGGAUCAUUAUUAAAAAAAAAACAAAGCAACUGUACUAAAAUUGCUACCUAGAAAACGAAAAGUUUUAUAUCCACUCCUGUCCAUUAUCACAAUUAUUUUGAGAUUAGAGCUAGAAAAAAGAUCCAGUAUUCCACUGGAGUCUCAACUUACUUGUUCAGGGGGUGUUUUCACAGAAGUAUAACUUCCAAGUUAACUGAGACUUAUCCCAAAAUAAUCCACCUUCAAAAUAGAAGAACUUAUUGCAUCACUGACCACGUCUUUAAAGCAAAGCUAUUUCUAACCACCAAAAAUUCUCACAUCAGUAGAUCAACUAUUGACAGACAUCAAAUUGUCAACUAUUUUAAAACUUGCCGGUGCUCCCCGGUAGAAGCAAGUAUUUAUCAGAUAAAAGAGUUACUCAGCUUUCUAAAGCUAUUAAAAAUCUAUUCUUAGCUUCCAGAAGUACCCAGUGAUUUAGAUUAUCAUAUCCUGUAUUUCAUUCCUGGUUUCUUUAGUCUAUUUAUUAACCAUCAUAAACUUUCAUCGGACUAAUGGGUAUGAUAUCAGCAGUCACAAUGUUGUAACAGUUAAUCUAACAGAAUUUGGUGUCAGUUGUUAAUUAAAGGCGUUCUCUUCAUUAGAUCUGUAACAGGGAGCCUUCUCUAAGCAUAAAUUUUGAGCAAUUUCUUACUUAAACCAGAUAUGUUGUAUUCAAAUCUAGGGAAUAGCAGAGCCAUUAUAAAAAUGGGAGGCAAGGGCAGGGCUUGAUGAUGAAAAUGAGAAAGACAAGAGUGCAAGAACAAUGACCUCACAUAGGACCAUAAAACUGACCUAAGAUCAACUUCUUGAACAUUUGAAGAAUUUUUUUUUUUUUUAAAUUGUAUUUGCUAAGUAGAUGAUAAUGUGAAAUAUUCCUAAAGAUCUGUUUAGGCUGUUAGAUGAAAACUGGUAUCUUUAUGUGAACCCCCAUUAACAAGUCCUCUGCCUACUUAAAAAGCAUCAAGGGUGGAUUUAAGACAUACCCAAUUUGAAACCCAAGAGCCACUUUAACAAAUCUCUCAGAAAAACACAUUUGUCUUAAAUCUUGACAUGCACACAUAACAUUCUGACACCUCACAUCACAUCAAAGCUCAGAACUCUGAAAUCAAGUACCAGAUUUAUUGACAAGUUACAGUAUUUAGAAGCCAGACAUACUCAUGGCUUCUGCUCUUAAGUCACAUAUAUCUAAUUAUUCCAAAACAUUUGAUGUAGCCAUCUUCAGCAGCUGUAAUGGAAAUAUGCUAUUAUUUUCCUUUGUGGCCACAGCCUGAUACAAAUGUCAAUUAUUUUGUUGCUGGAAAACAUUAAAAUAUGUCAGUUUGUAUAGCAUACAUAUGCAGUAGGAUGCAGUUACGUUUCUAUGAACACUGCAGAAGUGCAAUAAGACUGACAGUAAAAGGAAGUAUUUUUCCAAUAUAAGUCUUGCAUGGAGUUAUAGCUACCAUAAAACAACUGUUUCUUGAACAAUAAUUUAUGCUGCUAAAAUCACUUUUCAUUCUUAAUACAAUGUAGAUGUAUAAGUAGCUAUAAUAAAAAUCUGUGUACUAAAAAAAAAGAAAAAAGGGAAAGACUUUUUAAAAAAAGGACGAGGAGAGUUAUUCAUAUGCUUGAGCAAAUAAUUUUUUUUUUAAUACCUAGGUUCCUUUCCCCCACUAUAUAAAAUUUUUAUAUAGACAUAUAAAUGCUGUUCUUGCAGUUUUAAAAGGGCAGCAUAAUGGCUAUCAGAUACUACAGUUUGUCUUUAACCUUUUCAAAAUACUGCAGAAGACAUACAGAUUCUCAGAUUCUGCCUUCAUUGCACAGGAAUCUGAAUGACACUAGAGUAACUAUUUAAACAUUGUAGGAGGAUACCUGAGGCUUAUUAGAAACCUGUGUUAGGCAACCAAUACUAAAAUUUUAGUAUCUUUAGCUACCCUAAACCCUAACUUGGAUGUUCAGUUAGGAUUCUUUACAUAAUAGAUUUAAAAGUCAUUGUAUUUCAUUUAAAAGGUUUUAUGAUUUGAUAAAAUUUUUCAUCUUGACUUGCACAGGUAUCCAAGGCUUCCAUAACAUCUUCAUUUGAAUCUGGUACUUCUGAAUUAAACUGGAAAGGCUAAUUUCAGAAGAUGGCUUUGCAGAAGAUUCUGCAGAUGGCUGUGCAGAAGAUCCUGGAGAAGGCUGAGGCACAGUGGCUGAAACUCGAUUCCCCUCACUCCCUUCCACUUCAACCUCCUCCACUUGGCUACGUG